AAAUUAAAGACUUGGAAGUUUGUUACCCUGUACCUUGUACCUGUACCCCUACCCUUUUAUAUCGCGUAAAUGAAAAAUAUCCGUUAAACGGAAGCCUCAAUCCAAAAUCACCUCAGAACCGAAAGCAAAUCCCAUUAUUGUACAACUUAUUUUAUUCUUGUUGGUCAAUCAAAGACCAAACUAGAAAAGAAUCGGUCAUUGGUACUAUCGAUCUGUUUGAGCAUAUACCGCAAAUCGUGCAGAAAUAAUCUUGUCAAUAUUUAGUCUGAACUAGCAGAUAAUGGUGGUCUGUCUAUGGCUGAUUGAAUGGAUCUGUCUAUGGCUGAUUGAAUGGAGGGUAAGCAGAAGUUGAAGAAGCAUAGAAGAGAAGGGGGAGAUGGCUAGAGCAGAGUGGUGGGGUUCAGCGAAAUGGUUUUCCUACAAACGUACCACCAUUAUUGUUUGUUCAAUUAACAUUUUCGUUGCUCUCUAUGUGCUUCACUCAUACACUUCAGCAUACAUGUACACUCGCAGUGAUACCCACAGGGCUUUUAGGUAUACUCCAGAUCAAGUUAGGAAAAUGGAAGAGUCGAAUCGAAUAAGAAAACAACUAGAACCUCUGCAACUUAUUGAAGUAAUAAAGGGGUUAAAGGAAGACUUCUUCAUUGACGAAAAGGUGGUGCAUGUGCCACAUCAAAUUAAACAGAUGAUAGCAGAUGAAAUACUAGCAACAUUAAAAGGUGUCAAUGCCCGUGACAAUGCACCAGUGCAACAAGGUGAUUAUAACUUUGAGAGUAAAUUGAUCAAAUUUUUGGGCUAUCUUUGAUUCCAGAGCUGCAUUCUUGAAUCUUUUCUUUGGUCGUCCUUAUUGUUCAUAUGCUAGCCUAUGCUACAUUGUGGACUUCUUAUUAUUGUAUCUCUUUCUCAGUAUUCUCUUUGUUAUUGAGUUUCAAGCUGCAUAUUC